UUAGUAUUUCCGUCGACCCCCCAUUCCCUUUGUUUCGUCUUUGUUUUCUCAAUCACCACUGCUCGUCGUCUCGCACCACCAGCGCUGCUAAGAUAAGUGUGUGUGGCAUCGCUCUUUUGCCCCGGCCCCGAGCUCGGCUCUAUUCUGCCAAUUUAAUAUCCCCUGGGAGGUGCCUCGCAAAUCUUGUGUCCGCAAUUUUUUUGGCUCCAGAUUGCCUCGCCCUUGGUGGGUCUGCCUUGCUCCCUUUCUUUUCUACUUCUUCUCCUGCUUCUUGUUGUGUGCUGCCGCUGCUGGUGCUGCUGCUGGUUAUUCCCUUGAUGCUGCUGUUGGUGCUGUUGUUGCCGCUGCUGCUCCUGCUCCUGCUGCUUACUCUUUUAUCUAUGUCUCUCCGUCACUAAGCCUGCUCGAUCGACGUCAUCUGUGUCUUUGCCGGGGAGAUUGCUGGCUGCCUUUGUUGCUUAUUUUUCCCCAUCUCAUGUUGCUCCACUGGGCUUAGAAAAUAGCGCUGCCGGGCCAAUACCACUGUGCGUCAAGCGGACUCGCGUCGUCCAAAUUGAUAUCUUCCAACAGGGAAACUGAAAGAGGUUUCGCUUGAGCAGGAGGCAAGAAUUGGCCGAGAUCAGAUCAGAUCUGGCCCUGUUGACAGCGCCUAAGUCACUAGUGUCGGUCGAGUAGAUGAGCAGUAAUUCCCUCUCGACAGGGAGCCAGUCAAGAUUUCCAUCUCGGCACCCGGUUGCUGGCAUGUAAGAGCAUGGAUCCUGGCCUUCACGGUCACCACCACCAGCAUCACCACCACCACCACCAGUUUGUAAGCCCGCUACCAUUGGCACAGGCCGGCACCUCCGAGGAAGAGAACAGUAACAGCAGCGGCCCUGGAAGAGGAGGUCCGGGAGGAAUCACCACCACCACCACCACCAUCGACAAGUCCCGCGGUAACAACAAGAACUUGAAGACGGCGGCCACCACCAGCAGCAGCGGCGGGAUGGGAGCCGGGGAGAUUGUCCGCAAGCCCCGUGGCCGGCCACCCGGCUCCAAGAACAAGCCCAAGCCACCGAUCAUCAUCACUCGCGACAGCGGCAAUGCCAUGCGUCCGCACGUCCUGGAGAUUGCCGGCGGAUGCGACGUUGGAGAGACUCUAGCCGCAUUUGCUAGACGAAGGCAGCGCGGGCUCUGCGUGCUGGGCGGUAGCGGUACUGUCGCCAAUGUCACGCUGCGGCAGCUCGCAGCACCCGGUUCCACCGUCACCUUCCAUGGCCGCUUCGAGAUACUGUCCCUGUCCGGAGCCUUCCUGCCUCCUCCCGCGCCUGUAGCCGUGGCGGGACUCACUGUGGCCUUGGCUGGAUCGCAGCCCGGUCAAGUCCUGGGAGGCAGCGUCGUGGGAGUUCUAAUGGCUGCAAGUCCAGUGCUCGUCAUCGCCGCUUCUUUCGUUGGUGCGACUUAUGAUCGACUUCCGCUCGAGGACGAGGACCCCAACCAGGUUGCGAGUAAUAAUGUGUCGGCGGCUUCCGGAGUCACCUCGGAUCCAUGCAGCAUGGCCUUGUUCAACCUCGCUCAGAAUCCUCUAGCCAAUUGCCAGCUUCCUCCCGAUGUUCUCGCGUGGGCCGCUGCCGGGAACCGACCGCCGUUCUGACAGAUAUCUUCUUCUUUCCUCGUUUUAACUUCCUCUUGCUCGGGUCGCCCAGUUUCAUCGGUUGCUCCAGCUGAAGACUUUGAUCACUGCUCCCCACCCCGUCAUGAUUUUCAUUCUUCUUACCCUCCUGUGCCAUCAUUUUCCUUUUAGCGUUCCAGCCAGCAGCUUGGAAGCUUUCUCAAAUAACCCCUUCCAGUGCUGACGUUUCCGGCAAAUCGAUCGAGAGCUCUUGGCUGUCUAGCGUUGUUGUUACUGUCGUCCUAGUGUGUCCAAUCCAACGUCACCUUGGAUACCCGAUGAUCGGGAUCAGAUACGGAUGUGUCUUUUCCCCUCUUUUGGUCAGCAAUAUUCUUCAUCAGAUAAUAUGUCACUGAACUUCUUCCAGCGGCAGCUUCUUCCUCUAAAUUUCUCUUUCACUCCAAUUUGCAGCAUGCCUGCGAUAGAAAAUGAAAAUUGCAAAAAAAUGUUAAAACCCCCAUGUUCCAGGGAAAAACUGAAAGAAAACGGAUUGCAAGGAA